GCCAACCCCCCAUAAACUCGGCCCUCUUUUAUUCUCGCCGUCUCCAACAAAUCCCAAAAGAACACAGCCAUGGCUGCCUCUUCCCUCUUCCGGCCAAAACUUCGCCGGCGACUCCCCCUCUCCACCUCCUCCCUGAUCGCGCGGCGAUCUCUGCACGAGGGCCCGGACACGGUGGAGGAGCUGCUGGAGCGGCACCUUGUGAAUAAGAGUCCCCGAGACGGCGAAGAGGACGAGCUCGACGCCCGGAGACGGCUGACAAGCACGCGGCGGGAGGUGCUGGGGCUCUACCGCGACAUCCUCCGGGCGACGCGCUUCUUCACGUGGCCCGACUCUCGCGGUGUCCCGUGGCGGGACGUCCUCCGGGAGAACGCCCGCCGCGAGUUCGAGGAGGCCCGCUUCGAGCGCGACCCCGAGGUCGUCACCCGCCUCCUCAUCGGCGGCCGCGACGCUGUCCAGAAGGCCCUCGAUAAGCUCGUCGAGGCCAGCAAGAAGGCGAUGGCCGAGGACGAGGAGCAGAGAAGAGGAGGGAGAUAGGAGAGAGCGAGAGGGAAAAAAUGGUCUUUUUAUUUUGUGGUUGGUUUUUCAUAUCCUCAGUCGGUAAUUACUUACCGCCUACAAUGCACUGAUCAAUAAGGGAGAAGAAAAGAAGAAAGACUGAUGUGUGCUGAGGAAAUUAUUGUUUUAUUGUACUUUGGACAUGCUGCACUGCUCUCACAGAUUUAAUCCUAGAUACAUGGACAGAUAUUUAUGACAGAUUCGGAAUAUACUUUCUCAAGCAGCUGCCCCUUGAAAAGUUCAUCUUGGUACUUCGAACAAUUGACAUCGCAUUGCAGAUUCAGAGUACAUAAAUUUGACCCAGAAACAGCUGAAACAAAUUCCUUUAACUGGUCUUCCUGCCUCCGAAGCAAAUUAGUUCUGUUCUUUAGGUUUCUCUGUCAACAAAGUCGUAGACAUUCAGGUUGGGCAUGCUUUAAUGUUCUCAAGUUCCUAGAGCUUCCAAUGAAUUGAGCUCACAAUGCUCCAAUGUCUCCACACCUCCAGCAAAUCAGCCUCAUAAAAAAAAAAA